CCACGGCCGCUGCUAGGGGGAGGCGAGAAGCUCCUCCCUGGAGCAGAGAAACCAGUUUGUCCGGUCCGACAGAGCGGAGGGAAAAGGGCGGCCGCCGAGGAAGGGCGCUUAGACGCGGGGCGGGGGAAGGCGGGGAGCCUUUGGAAAGCCACGAGAGCCGGAGGAGUCGCCGCCAACUGGACAGGCUUCCCGGGGCCCCCGGCCAGCCCCUGUGUGCCAUGCAGAGCUAGCGCAGCCGCAGCACUGGGGCCAGGCGGGAGACGGCCAGGUGCGCAAGAGCUUUGGGGCGGCGCGCACCCCGCGGAUGCCCCAGCCGGGGCCCAGUGAGCACUAGGUAGUUCCAGCUUGCCAGCAGAAUGAACACAGAAAGAGACUCGGAAACAACAUUUGACGAAGAUUCUCAGCCCAAUGAUGAAGUGGUUCCCUACAGCGAUGAUGAAACUGAAGACGAACUUGAAGAUCAGGGGCCUGCACUUGAACCAGAACAGAAUCGCAUCAACAGAGAGGCAGAGGACAAGCGGGAAACACUCCGGAAAGAUUGCACGUGGCAAGUCAAAGCAAAUGAUCGAAAGUUCCAUGAACAACCUCAGUUUAUGAACACCAAGUUCUUUUGUAUUAAGGAAAGCAAAUAUGCGAAUAAUGCAAUUAAAACAUACAAGUACAAUGGAUUCACCUUUCUACCCAUGAAUUUGUUUGAACAAUUUAAGCGAGCAGCCAAUUUUUAUUUCCUGAUCCUUCUUACCUUGCAGGCAAUUCCUCAAAUCUCCACCCUGGCAUGGUAUACCACACUUUUACCCCUACUUCUGGUGCUAGGUAUCACAGCAAUCAAAGACCUGGUAGAUGAUGUGGCUCGCCAUAAAAUGGACAGGGAAAUCAACAAUAGGACAUGUGAAGUCAUUAAGGAUGGCAGGUUCAAAAUCAUCAAGUGGAAAGAUAUCCAAGUUGGAGAUGUCAUCCGUCUGAAGAAGAAUGAUUUCAUUCCCGCUGACAUUCUGCUGCUGUCCAGCUCAGAGCCUAACAGUCUCUGCUAUGUAGAAACAGCUGAGCUUGAUGGCGAAACCAAUUUGAAGUUCAAAAUGGCCCUUGAAAUCACAGACCAGUAUCUCCAAACAGAAGAUAACUUGGUGACAUUCGAUGGUUUCAUUGAAUGUGAAGAACCAAACAACCGACUAGACAAGUUCACGGGAACCCUGUUUUGGAGGAAACGGAGCUUUCCUUUGGAUGCUGAUAAAAUCCUGUUACGUGGCUGUGUGAUCAGGAACACCGAUGUCUGCCAUGGCUUGGUCAUUUUUGCAGGUGCUGACACUAAGAUAAUGAAGAAUAGUGGGAAAACCAGGUUUAAAAGAACGAAAAUAGAUUACUUGAUGAACUACAUGGUGUACACGAUCUUUAUUGUACUCAUCCUGGUUUCUGCCGGCCUUGCCAUUGGCCAUGCUUAUUGGGAAGCACAAGUUGGCAAUUAUUCCUGGUACCUCUAUGAUGGAGAAAAUGCUACUCCCUCCUACCGGGGCUUCCUGAAUUUCUGGGGCUACAUCAUUGUGCUGAACACCAUGGUACCCAUCUCCCUCUAUGUCAGUGUGGAAGUUAUCCGUUUGGGACAGAGUCAUUUCAUCAACUGGGACCUACAGAUGUACUACGCUGAGAAGGACACACCUGCAAAGGCGAGGACCACCACACUGAAUGAACAGCUAGGACAGAUUCAUUAUAUCUUCUCUGAUAAGACGGGGACACUCACACAAAAUAUCAUGACCUUCAAAAAGUGCUGCAUUAAUGGGAAAAUCUAUGGAGACCACCGGGAUGCUUCUCAACACAGCCAUAGCAAAAUAGAGCUGGUGGAUUUUAGCUGGAACAUGUUUGCUGAUGGAAAGCUUGCAUUUUAUGACCAUUAUCUUAUUGAACAAAUCCAGUCAGGGAAAGAGCCAGAAGUCCGCCAGUUCUUCUUCUUGCUUUCCAUUUGCCACACGGUCAUGGUGGACAGAAUUGAUGGGCAGAUCAACUACCAGGCAGCCUCUCCUGAUGAAGGUGCCCUGGUAAAUGCUGCCAGGAACUUUGGCUUUGCCUUCCUCGCCAGGACACAGAACACAAUCACCGUCAGUGAACUGGGCACGGAAAGGACCUAUAGUGUGCUCGCCAUUUUGGACUUCAACAGUGACCGGAAGCGGAUGUCUAUCAUCGUGAGAACCCCUGAAGGUAGUAUUAGGCUAUACUGUAAAGGCGCCGACACCGUCAUUUACGAACGGCUCCAUCAGAUGAAUCCCAUGAAGCAAGAAACACAGGAUGCCCUGGAUAUCUUUGCUAGUGAAACUCUCAGAACCCUGUGCCUGUGCUACAAGGAAAUUGGAGAAAAAGAAUUUGCAGAGUGGAAUAAGAAGUUUAUGGCUGCCAGCGUAGCCUCAACCAACCGGGAUGAAGCUUUGGAUAAAGUGUAUGAAGAGAUUGAGAAGGACUUGAUUCUCUUGGGAGCUACUGCUAUUGAAGACAAGCUACAGGAUGGAGUUCCAGAAACCAUCUCAAAACUUGCAAAAGCUGACAUUAAGAUCUGGGUACUAACAGGAGACAAAAAAGAAACUGCUGAAAACAUAGGUUUUGCCUGUGAACUUCUGACAGAAGACACUACUAUCUGUUAUGGGGAGGACAUAAACUCCCUUCUUCACACAAGGAUGGAGAAUCAGAGAAACAGAGGUGGAGUGUCUUCCAAGUUUGUACCCCCUGCAUAUGAACCUUUUUUUCCGCCUGGAGAAAACCGCGCCUUAAUCAUCACUGGCUCUUGGUUGAAUGAAAUCCUUCUAGAGAAAAAGUCCAAGAGAAGUAAGAUCCUAAAGCUGAAGUUCCCAAGGACAGAGGAAGAGCGACGGAUUCGGACGCAGAGCAGGAGAAGGCUGGAAGAGAAGAAGGAACGGAGGCAGAAGAACUUUGUGGACUUGGCCUGCGAGUGCAGCGCUGUUAUCUGCUGCCGUGUCACCCCCAAGCAGAAGGCCAUGGUGGUAGAUCUGGUGAAGAGGUACAAGAAGGCCAUCACGCUGGCCAUCGGAGAUGGGGCCAAUGACGUGAACAUGAUCAAAACUGCCCACAUUGGUGUUGGAAUAAGUGGACAAGAAGGAAUGCAAGCUGUCAUGUCCAGUGACUAUUCUUUUGCUCAGUUCAGAUAUCUGCAGAGGUUGCUGCUGGUCCAUGGCCGGUGGUCUUACAUAAGGAUGUGCAAGUUCCUACGAUACUUCUUUUACAAGAACUUUGCGUUUACUUUAGUUCAUUUCUGGUACUCCUUCUUCAAUGGCUACUCAGCACAGACGGCGUAUGAGGACUGGUUUAUCACCCUGUACAAUGUGCUAUACUCCAGUUUGCCUGUACUCCUCAUGGGGCUGCUUGACCAGGAUGUGAGUGACAAACUGAGCCUCCGGUUCCCUGGGUUGUACAUAGUGGGGCAGAGGGACUUGCUGUUCAACUACAAGAGAUUCUUUGUCAGCUUGCUGCAUGGCGUCUUAACAUCCAUGGUCCUCUUCUUCAUACCGCUUGGCGCUUACCUACAAACAGUGGGACAGGAUGGAGAGGCGCCAUCAGACUACCAGUCCUUUGCUGUCACAGUGGCCUCAGCUCUAGUAAUAACGGUUAACUUCCAGAUUGGCUUGGACACUUCCUACUGGACCUUUGUGAAUGCUUUUUCAAUUUUUGGAAGCAUCGCCCUGUACUUUGGCAUCAUGUUCGACUUCCAUAGCGCGGGGAUCCAUGUGCUCUUUCCAUCUGCAUUUCAGUUCACAGGUACUGCCUCCAACGCCCUGAGACAGCCAUAUAUUUGGUUGACCAUCAUCCUGACCGUUGCGGUGUGUUUAUUGCCUGUUGUUGCCAUCCGUUUCUUGUCAAUGACCAUUUGGCCAUCAGAAAGUGAUAAGAUCCAGAAGCAUCGGAAGCGAUUGAAGGCUGAAGAGCAAUGGAAACGGCCACAGAAUGUGUUCCGGAGGGGGGCAUCUUCGAGGCGCUCGGCCUAUGCCUUCUCUCACCAGAGGGGCUAUGCGGACCUCAUCUCCUCUGGCCGCAGCAUCCGCAAGAAGCGCUCGCCCCUGGAUGCCAUCAUCGCAGAAGGUACCGCUGAGUACAGACGAACAGUAGAGAGUUGAACGCUGAGGAAAUGUCUUUUUUUUUUUUUCAAAUGAAAGACUCAGGACCUUUUUUUAAAAAACACACAGACGAACUGAAUUUGUCACAAAGCUACCGAGGACAAUAACCUUUACAACAAACUUCUAAGGUUGAGCUGUUAAGCGGUAGCAAAGCCAAGCGACCAGCUGUUAUUCAGGUGAUGAUGUCUGCUGAGAUUCAAAGGGAAUGUCUUAAUCCAAUCGAGGACAGCAGAAUUUAGAAAACUCUCCAUUUCAGCUCAAUGGACACUACUGCACUAUAAAAUUACAAUUACACUGUCCUAUCUGUGGCCCCAAACAAUGGAUUUCUCAGAUGCACCAACCCCCACUUUGUCACUUAAAAAAAAGUGUUCUUAAUUUAUAAGUGCAGUAACAAAAGCUUCAUAAUGUUUAUCACCUGACACAAAAUGAUUUAGUGACUUUUUCAGAGCUUGCUAAUGGCUUCACGUUGCUUUAUACCAAGUUAUAAAAUUUGAAACAAGUUUCCUUGAUUGAAUGAUUAAGUGCAAUGUUUCAUUCUGGCUUUGAUGUACUACCAGGCUAAAAAACAUAUUGCAUAUUUUUACUAUUUCAUGUUUUAGUAUCUCCCUGCAGUACCAAGUGGUUUGACUCCCUACUUUAAUUUUCCAAAAUUGAUUUUUAAAAUCUGAAGGCAUUAUCAACUAGUAUUAAGAAAGUUCUGUUUCUAUGAGAGAAGUAAACUUGGCAUUUGUUGCUUGGUAAAGGACUAUGGAUAAUGACAAUGGAAUGUGUAUUUCUGAAAUACUAGAUGAAAAGGAUUUGAAUGGUUUCAACACAAAGAAGUGACAUUGAAGAAAUAGACAAACCCUGGUGUCAAUACUGUGCGGUAUACACAUACCCCAUGGCAGGGCCACAUUGUGGUUUGGUGGUAGAGCCAGGGUCUUAGGUCCCAUUUCAGUUCCAAAAGGAAGAAAUAUCAAUGGUAUCCCAUAAAUAGGCACAAUAAUGAACCAAUUAAAAUUAAGUAUUUGGAAAAGAGCACAAUUAAAAUUAAGUAUUUGGAAAAGAGCACGAAGUGCCUACUGAAAAUUUGGCUGUGGUUUCCUUUGGAAGACAACAGCAUAUUAGCACUUAUGAGCCACUGGAUGGAUGCAUUAUCGGGCAGACACACUUUGUCAUCAGGUCUUGAAUAUUCAUUGAUGGGAAAGCUGCUGCUGCUACUAUACUCAAAACAGGUGAGAGCGAUGCAUGGACAGAGGUCUACAAAAUGUAUUUAAGUGCUGCCUGUGGCCACAUUCAGCCAAGGAUAACUUUUGCAAAUUUACUUAAAACAUUGAGAUUAUAUGUACGCAUUUGCUUGAAUGAUUCCAUUGCUUGGCUCUCCAGUGUGAACUUUGUACAUUGUUUGUCACAAUGUCUGGAACCUGUAUGUACCUGCUAGGGAGUCUUCAGGGGAACUUCUCCCUGUAUGUUUCCUGAAAGUGAAGGAGAGGUCUCCUGUUGAAAACAGAUAAGUUUAAACAAACAAACCAAAAGCCCAGAGGGCACUGAUGUUACGUUUGGGACAAUUUUACACAGUUAUCUGUUGGAAAGAAAAUGUGUAUGUACACCUUCCUACAAAGUAUUAUAUAAAAGUCUUUUAGGAACUUCACUCCGUCAUCUGCCUUAUGCCUAAGGAAAAAAGAACAGUAUUUUUGAUUUUGAAAAACUAUUAGGUGAUUAAGGAAAAUAUCCUUUAAAAAGGUAACUUUAUUUUUUCAGGGACUCCUCAUUUUUUAAUUUUCCACAAAACAGUUUCCCUACUCUAGUGAAGAUAUAGAUGGGUUGCAGUAAGUUAUUUUUUUCCCUUGCAAAUGUUCGUGUCAGUCUGUGAAUUCCCAAAAGGAAACCAUAUGUGUAGUUCAUCUUCUGUACACAGGAUAUGGAAAUUUAAUUGUAAUUUUAUAAUGCAUUGUCUAGGUAUGAUCAAAGAAUGUAUGCCUAUCCUCUGGAGGUAAAUUUCAGGAAGUUUACAACUUUACCUUGUAAAUAAGAAGAAUUAUAUGUUUUUUCUCUCUCAUUUUUUUACAGAAAAUUUAAUUUGUGUAAUUUUGUCAGUUUCAGGUUUCACUUUCCUUUUUGUUUUGAAUGAUGGGAAAGGUUGACAAUGCAUAUGUGUCAAAGACUUACACUGUUGGGUGCAAUAUUAAUAAUUUUAAAGUGCAAAUCAUAAAUUAUUUCUAUAUGCUGUAAAUCUGAGAUUUAAUGUAUAUUUUGUUUAAAAAAUAAAUGCUUUAGUAAAAUA